AUGAGACAGGAAGAUGAAAGCAACAUGGACAAACCAUUUGGCGGUAAGGUUGUAGUUCUUGGUGGUGACUUCAGACAAAUUCUUCCAGUCAUUCCAAAAGGUGGAAGGCAAGACAUUGUAUCUGCUACAGUAAAUUCUUCUGAUCUUUGGAAAUACUGUAAAGUUUUAAAGCUCACUAAAAACAUGAGAUUACGCACAACAGGAAUACCAAAUCACAAAAUUAUAUUGAAGGAAGGUGCUCCGAUAAUGCUAUUGAGAAAUAUAGAUCAAGCAGCCAGUUUAUGCAUUGGAACGCGGCUAAUAGUGGCUGAUCUUGGAACAAAAGUUAUAAAGGCCACUGUAAUAACAGGAACCAACAUUGGAGAAGACAUUUUCAUUCCAAGAAUGGACAUGGUUCCAUCUGUCUCCGGUUACCCGUUUAAGUUUGAAAGACGUCAAUUUCCGAUCAGUCUAUCCUAA